AUGCAGCCGAAGAACGUGCGGCUUUACUAUAAGAAGAUGUCCCAAGUGAACCAGGAGUUUGUGCAACGUAUUAAAGUACUCCGUGAUAUCGAUACCCAGGAAGCUCCAGAUGAUUUCUUAAACGUUAUAAAUCGGUGGACCCUCGAGUCAGUCUCUGUGGUGACUCUGGACAAGCAGUUGGGACUGCUCAAAGAGUCGGGCGAUAACGACCAGGCUGUAUUACUUUUCAAGUACCUGGACGAUUUUUUUGAAUUAACAGCCGAUCUGGAGAUGAAGCCCUCCAUCUGGCGUUACGUUAAAACACCCAAGCUAAUGAAGCUAAUGAAGUCCCUAGAUGGCGUUCAAGAAAUAACUUCAGCGUAUGUAGACGAAGCUAUAGAGCGUCUAGAGAAAGAGGCCAAGGAGGGUGUUGUCCGCCCUGAGAGCGAGCAGAGUGUACUGGAAAAGCUGCUCAAGAUCGACAAAAAGGUGGCGACGGUUAUGGCCAUGGACAUGCUAAUGGCCGGAGUGGAUACCACCUCAAGUACCUUUACAGCGGCCUUGCUGUGCCUUGCCAAGAAUCCGGAGAAGCAGGACGUCUCCGAGAAGAGGUGA